AGGAGGGAGGAGAGGAGGAAUGGUGUAAGCAGAGGAGAGAGGGAGAGGUGGUGCAGUUGAGCCAAGCGCAGGAGUCCGGACUGAUUCAGUGGGGAGCAGAACGGAGGUGACAGCGGAGAAUGGAGAGGAGCCCGUCCGCUCGGCGAGCUUUGACCGAGGAGAACCCGCUCGGUCCUUCCCUUCUGGAGCCAGCGCGCUGAGAGACACCGGGGAGGAAUUAGCUGGAAGGGGGGGCGCAGAGGAAAGGAAUGGCUGAUCCUCUGCGGAGGACUUUACUAGCAAAACUACGGGGGAAGAAGUCCAAAAAAGGAGCGACGCUCAGCGGUGGAUACGGGUCUGCUGCGGCGGCGAAUGGGGGCCGAGAAGGUAAAGAAAAAGUUUUCCCCGCGGAGGCUCGGCCGGUAGCUUUGCUCUCGGGGCUGGAUUUCACCACGGAGAGAAUGAGCACGUACGAGAAUUGCGUAGAAGGAGCGCUGGCGCACGCAGAGGGGGCCACCACGGCCCCGGGGAGCCGCGCAGCGGAGGUGGCUGGCUCACGUCCCCCGGAGCCCAGCGGCGGGGGCAGGGUUCACGUUAAUGAGCGGCUCCUCGGGGUGCCACUUCAAAGGGACGCGCAGUUUGGUGGGAACGCAUGCAGGGGGGAGGACCGGAGCCCCCGGGAGCCCAGGCCGGCGGGGAUCUCACUCGGGGGGCCACAUGUGCAGAUAAAGCGCAUCGUCUCGGCGCCGAGGCAGCGCAGCGUGGGGGAUUCGAUCGGCUUCGGGGACAGCUCCGGCCACGCGUUGCACCGGGCGCAGGUACGCGCGCAGGCGGGGGCGGUCAGAGCAGCCGUGGCGUGGGUCGCUGACGGCGACGCGCAGGAGAUCGGGGGCCGGGGACACUCACGGCACAUGGCGGGGACCGUAGUAGCAAAUCACGCCAACGGCACCGGGGACGUUGACAGCGACGCGCGGGACGCUCCCACUCGUGCGCGUCCAAACUCGGAGGAGAACGUUUUAAUCAGAAGCAUUGAAAGUUAUGAGCCGGGCUGUGCGAGGCUGAACGGAGAGCCAGCUGGAGGCCCCCAGAGCCCAACUGUUUUCCCCACCGACUUACCAGUGUUCGACUUCAAAGCGCAGCCUCCUUGCGCCACAGGAGGCUCGACGAGGUACCCUUUAGACAGCGACGACGAUGAUUACUACGACAACGAGAUUCUGCCCUUUUACGAAACAGCUGAACCAAAGCCUGACGCCAGAGCGGAGGCUGCAGGGCCGCAGGAUGCAGGGCAGGUAGGUGAUGGCGACAGCGCCCAGGAAACAGACAGACUCAGAACACAGCUGCAAGAGGCCUAUUAUCUCCUCAUAAAUGCUAUGAAUGACAUGAGCCUGGACGUGCAGGAGGUUAGCGGGCGUUUGGCUGAGCGGCACGCCGUCUCUUCGUGCAGCAGCCGUUCACGGGACAGCCUGUGCUCCAGGCUCUCCGUCAAAAACACCGACAGCGACUCCUGGUCCUCAGGAGGUAACCGCAGCUCGCAGCAGCUGUCUGACACCGAGUCCCUCCUGCUCUGCCUCACCGGGAAGCCGGACUCAAGGGCGAGGCUGAUCAGCAAGAGCAUGUCCGGCUUGGCACCGGCCAAAAGGCCCACGUUACAGCGAUCCGCCAGCGACGGAGUUAUCAGGUAUCGAGGCCCGCCGUCGUCCUGCGCCCAGGCCAGACGGGGAAGCGCAGAAGGCCAUCACGACGAAGGAGGUUUUGAUUCAAGAGAAGGCGAAGGGGCUGAAGUCUCAAAAGCAGAAGCUGAAGAUGGCGAGCCGCUGAACGAGAGCGGCGGCUCGGUCAACAGCCUCGCAGGUUCCACAGACAGCAACAGCGAAGCAGCAGCAGCAUCAGCAGCACUUCUCCGGAGUCAGGAGAGCAAGCAGGAGCAGGCCGCGGGCCGGACGCAGGCAGUGCGCUCGGUCAGCAAAGGCCACGGCGUCACCGUGAACAAGAUGCAAGAGUGGAUGCACAAGGGUCGCCUGCUGUCGACGGAGAUGAAGCAGCGCAUCGAGGGUUCACCUUUACCCCUGGGUGGAGGCCCGGGCCCGGACUGCUCCUCCCCUCAGCCUAACCUCGGCGGCUGCAAACCAGGGGUCCAGGUGCGAGGGAGUAAAACAGUCAAGGCUAAGUCGUCUACAGCCAAGCCAGCGAGACAGCAGCCAGCUUUCAUUGAGAAUUUCCAACCCCCGUGCGCUACGGGAAGAGAGGCGGGCAGGCCGACCAACGAGCCUUCGUCAUGGAGCCCGCAGCUCACCACCACCAUCACCGUGUCCAAAAAGCGCAACUGGCUGCAGCAGAGCUCCCAGCCAAGAGUCACUGCGCCAAGGAUGAGCUGCAAGGGAUGCUGGGAGCUGAGGAAGGCGGCCAGGGCUCCAAUCAGCUGCCUCUUCCUCCCAGUCCCUCGCCAGAAUUUGUGA